AUGGACGCUUGUUCAUUACCACCUUUUUACCAAUUUUCGCCAAGGAAACUUGCCGAAUUUUCUCCGGACUCUUCCUUUGCACACACCCGCGGUUUAUCAUCGCCAUCAAUUGUAGAACAUUCGAACGAGAAAAGGGAACACCUUCCACCGCUGAAUUCCAUUCUACAUUCGACUCUAUCCGAAUUGCAAGGUGCACGCGUGUCACCUCCAAUAUCUAUACCGAAGCUGCAACACGCUCCAAUGAAUCAUGCAUCGGCCACCUCAAGCACACAAUAUCAUGAACGAGUGCAGGCUCACAACGAUGAUCAUUGUGCAAAUUCCUCUUAUCCAUCAAUUUCCCAAGAACUGGAAAAUAAUAGUCAAAGUCCAAAUGAUGACAACAUAAAACAUCGACCUAUACCGAGUCAACCUAAUGUUCACAGUCUAUCGCUAUCACAGUCUUCCCAUCCACCAAUAUGGUCACGAGCCGGUUCUCCCAAUUUAUUGAUAGAACAAAUUCAACCUUACCAACGGUCCUUACCAUCUCACCCUUAUGAGAUUAAUGAUUCCAUCCAACACGCAAACAUUGCUCCCGGUUACCAUUAUCGGAACCUAGAUAAUGUAACAUCUUCCCACGUGCAAGUCGCCGAACAGUCGUUAGAAAAAAUGUCAAAGGUGAUCGACUGUUGUAAUCGGAUUUCUCAACCCAUGUCCCAAUGUCGUAAUGCGCGAACACUUUUAAAUUCAUGGUUAACUACACCUCAGGUUAGCGAGGCGCAGCUGACGGACAUGAUAAGUCUAGCCCAUGAAGUGUUAGACAUUUUAAACGGCCUAAAGGGAGAAUUGAUUUCAAAGAAUUCCACAGAGAGCAUCCUAAACAAUGAUGAUUUUGAUUUUGCGCGAAAAACACGCACACAACGCAUGAAAUACAGAAAGAGAAGCAAGCGAGCCGCUCCACCAGGUAGAUGCCACUCAUGUAAUAUAUCCGAGACGCCGGAAUGGCGACGCGGUCCAGAUGGUGCCAGAACAUUGUGUAAUGCGUGUGGUCUUC